AUGAGUUUGAUCUCGUUGCCGGCAGAGCUCCAGCUCAGGAUAUGCCGCUACCUGUCAUGCUCUGACUUGGCACACAUGGUGCUUUGCAGCAAGAGCUUCCAGUUUGCGAGUCGAGCACUCUACGAGAAUGUGUCAAUCCGGCUUCACGAGCCAUUGACCACCAACGUCAACCAGAUACUCCAACUUGCCAAUCUAUUGCGUGAAACAGAUUCACUUGCUUCUCUCGUCAAAACAGUCCAGCUGAGACACCCGCACGGCUCCAAGUAUACCUCGGUCCAGAUUUCAUUUCCUUACUUCGUGGAAAGAGGAAUUUACUGCCGCUGUCCACUCACCGCAUCCAGGAAGCAUAGGCCAUCCUGUGAUUCACGUCUUCGACAGCAUGAGAAGCUCAAAUAUGUCCUGCAACAGCUCUUGGAUGCCUGCCCGAAUAUCGGAAAGCUCAAAUUCACUGGUUUAAUCCCAUCAAAUUGGGCGCACUCGGUUGGAUACUCCAAGAUGCAGAAUCUCGGCGAGAUUGCCAUCACGGACGCCGAAGAACUGAGCCAAGUGAUGCUGGAGCAGAUCGCAGCUCUGCCCCGUUUCCACAGCUUUAGCUUGAGCUUCGACGGCUUCCGCCCUACCGCGACGUCAUGGACACCGCCGGUGCUUAAGAUGCUUACCAGGAUGAAGGUCGUCACCACGGUGAAACUCCUCAACCAACUGCAAACACUACUGCUCGUCGCCCCCAACCUCACCAGCCUGAACCUCGAGCUCGAUCUGGGCAAGAUAGACGACAUGAUGUUUGACGCCGUGCCUGACUUCACCAAGGGUCGGCCUCUUUCGGUCCUGAGCAGGGUUCUUCGCGGUCAGCUGGGAUCUAAAGAGAGUCCAUUCCCCGCACCCGCCGGCUCCGCACCUCCACUCUUCAACCUUGAACACCUGCGUCUCGUGGUUUCCUUUUCGCCUGAUGACAUGUGUUCUGACGUCGCAGUGCUGCAAUGGUACGGCGUUGGACCCAUCGCGCUGGAGGACAGGUGCGAUCGGCUGCGGGAAGUCCUAUUCAAACACAAUGUCUACAGCAUCUACGAAUGCUCGCUACGCGGCAGCAUUGGCCCGCUCUCGGACCUCGUCAAACUCCAAACGCUCGAAAUAUCCCCGGCGGUCCUAUUCGGUAGGGAAGGAGGGAGGACUUUGAGCAGUCUUCCGACGUCUUUGCGAGAGCUCCGCGUGCGAGAUGACCCCAUCACAUGGAAGACCUUCGAAGGAUUCGAUUCGAUUUCCGGUCAUUGGUGGAAGCCAUAUUAUCGGGCUCCCUGGACUCCUUCCGAACUCGAUGCUGGACUGAAGAAGUAUGCUGAGGAUAAGGAUCAGCAUCUGCCACAUCUGGAAAAGAUAAUCGCGCUCUCACGCCUAGUUGGGGAUCCGCAAGUUGAACUUUCCAACAAGCCAGAUGCGGAUGUCGUGCGGAUGCUCGCGGAUCUGGGGACAAGGUAUGAAAUCCACCAGAUGAUGUAA